CUGUAAUCUGUUUAGAUCAGGUGGAUAGGCUGCUGGUCGCUGCAUUGAAACUGUGAGAUCUUGAGAGUGUGUAUAGUGAGAGGGUCAGACUUUUUCCAUCGUCAUGAUGCUGGCUCUGUCCAGAUGUUCGACAGCAGCUUUGAGGUGGACACUAUCCCUGCGCUGCUCUGCCCUCUCUCUGGGGGGCUCUACCAUGAGCAGCCAGCCCUCCACCGCAGCCGGGCCCCACUUUCUAAGAAUCCAGGCUGCUCAGUUUCACCAAAGUAAAGCCAAAGCCAGUCCCGAUCCAAACAAGCCCGCUUCAGUGUUGUCGUCCGAGUCCUUGCUGCAGGGCGAGCUGUUUGGGAUGGGAAUGUGGUCGCUGGGUCUAGGUGCUGUCGGAGCUGCUCUAGCUGGGAUACUCCUGGCCAACACUGAUCUGUGUCUCCCAAAAGCUGCAAAGGCAUCGAUGGAACAUCUUGGCAUUACAGACCUGCGCUCCACUGUAGACGAUGGUAAUGUCAUCAAGGCAAAAAGUCUGUGGGAGACGAACGGGGCUGUGAUCAUGGCUGUGCGGCGACCUGGAUGAUUUUUGUGCAGAGAGGAGGCCUCUGAGCUGUCCUCUCUGAAGCCCCAACUGGAAGAGCUCGGGGUCCCUCUGGUCGCUGUGGUGAAAGAGAAUGUCGGCACAGAGAUCGAGGACUUCAGACCGCACUUUGCUGGGGACAUCUACAUAGACGAAGAGAAACAUUUCUACGGCCCGCUGCAGAGGAAGAUGGGGGCUCUCGGUUUCAUUCGCCUCGGUGUGUGGCAGAACUUCAUGCGGGCCUGGAGGUCUGGUUACCAGGGAAACAUGAACGGCGAGGGCUUCAUCCUGGGUGCGGUGUUUGUCAUCGGACCAGGAGACCAGGGAAUUCUGCUGGAGCACCGUGAGAAGGAGUUUGGAGAUAAAGUGGAGAUUGCAGACGUUUUAGAGGCUGUCAAGAAGAUUGUGCCACUGAAAUAAGUUGUUUUUGGUACUGACUUUAAAAUUUAAACAACAAAUGGCAAUAGACAAACAGCAGGUACGGUUGAUUUAGAUAAAAGCUAGAAUUAAGUAAUAAUUACCAUUCCUGACAUGAUGCUGAGUUGUCGUCCGUCACUUAUAUUAUAAUGACAUUUAAGUCUGUUUGCAUGAGCACAAUUUGCACAUUAACGGUUGGUAAAGAAAAUGGAGCUGUGAAAUGCAGGACAGAGUCAGUCUUUAAAAGAUUUGUCACCGAGCUUUUCCUCUUUAACUCUGCAGACACCUUCAAUUUACUGUUUUUUCAUUCAGGUACAUCAAUUUAAAUUAUUCAAUUUAAAGUCUCUUGAAAUAUUGUGCUCUUUAUAUAACCACGUGUCAUUUGUGUGUAGGUUUACUAACACCUAGUAAUGGUACAUUUUUAAUAAUUCUCCUGUGUGUUACCUUCUACUGGUCCGACACCUGAACAUACCUCCAACAUGGCAGAUGAGUGUGUGUGUGUGCUCUGUGUGUGUGACAAUGACAACUUGACUCUAAACUCAAUGCUGAGAGGAGCAGGUUUGAUGCUCAAACACACAUAGGUUCACCGUUUUGUGGCCAUGUUGAGGAGUGUUCAUGGUGUAUGAAGAAGGUGUUGCUUUUGUGUGUGUGUGAGAGAGACUGUGUACCUGCACAUGUGAAUAGCAGCCACAGUGAAUUAAAAAAAGUAAAUAAAGACCUCAUCACCACA